CUUCAGUUCGAUUACAGAUACCAUACGAGGAGCACGUCACUCCGCUAUCCCAAACUUGCAAACCGCGAUCGAACUUGGCUGUUUGACACUGGCUGGAAAAGCGUGUGCCAAAAAAAAAAGAAUAAAAAACCAAGCUGUCAAUUUUUUGGCGGGAAUUAAAAUUUUGACAGUUUGUAUUUUGUUACAAACUUUUUCAGUUGCUUCAGUGAACUUUAUAAUGUAAAGUGUAAAGUGAAGUACUCAAUUGCAGAUUGUUAGUUUUGCAGUCUAUUUCGAAAGAUCAGCUGAAAAUCUUGUUUAUCAGAAAUGGACUGGCAAGAACUUCAACAAACAACAAGAUCAAGACGAUAGCACCGUUUAAACAAGUUUAAAAUGAGUUUACUAUGAACCAGCUAUGACUUUCAACGGAACAGCCUUCAUGGGAGGGGUGCUCAUUUUAAAAACUCUCACCGGCGAAUCGGUCGAAGUACUAGAUGAGCCAAAAUCCAAUAGAACCACCGAUAUCAUAGAUGUCAAAAUAGUUCAAGUCGCAUUUUGUAUCUUAUACUCUAUCAUCUUCGUUCUCGGUGUAUUUGGCAAUGUUCUCGUCUGCUAUGUCGUGUUCAGGAACAAAGCUAUGCAAACAGUUACAAAUCUAUUCAUAACAAAUCUAGCGCUGUCUGAUAUACUGCUAUGUGUGUUCGCCGUGCCGUUAACUCCUAUGUACACUUUCCUCGGCCGAUGGGUGUUCGGGAGAUCGCUAUGUCAUUUGAUGCCGUACGCCCAAGGGACGAGCGUAUACAUAUCGACACUUACCUUAACCUCAAUAGCCAUAGAUAGAUUCUUUGUUAUUAUCUACCCUUUCCAUCCCCGGAUGAAACUCAAUACGUGCAUAUUCAUAAUCAUUUUCAUAUGGGUCUUCUCGUUAGUAGUCACGUGUCCUUAUGGCUUGUUUAUGGGCAUUCAAAUUACAAAUAAUAAAACGUACUGCGAAGAAAGUUGGCCUUCAGAUAAAUCUAGAAAAAUCUUUGGCGUCUUCACAACUGUUUUGCAGUUCUUAAUUCCAUUUUUAGUUAUAGCUAUAUGUUAUACGUGUGUUAGUAUUAGAUUAAACGACCGUGCGAGGUCAAAACCUGGUGCUAAAAAUACCAGAAGAGAAGAAGCAGAUAGAGAUAGAAAGAGACGAACGAACAGAAUGUUAAUAUCAAUGGUCGCCAUCUUUGGAAUAUCGUGGUUACCCUUGAACUUAAUAAAUAUAUUCAACGAUUUCUACGCCCAAAUGACUGAGUGGAAAUAUUAUUAUUUGUCCUUUUUUCUUGCCCAUUCAAUGGCAAUGGCUUCUACGUGCUACAAUCCCUUCCUAUAUGCUUGGUUAAACGAUAAUUUUAGGAAAGAAUUCAAACAAGUAUUGCCUUUCUUCGAAUCAACGGGCGGUGUGAGAAAUAGCUACCAUUCUGGUCGAAUGCCGACACACAAGGCGGAUAAAAUCUGCAACGGCAAUGAGACGAUACAAGAAACAUUACUAGCAUCCUCGUUCAAUAGAGGGCCAUCAAUAAAGCAAAGAAUAUUAGAUGGCAAUGGACGGAAAGAUCCAGGAGUCGAGAUCGAAAAUAUUCUAUUAGAAGAUAAAACAACGAUGUUUCAUAUGAAAUCUGAUAAUAUUAAUUUGCAGCUAAUUGAUGAAGAGUCGCAAUUCAAUGAACCAAAAGAAACGAAGUCAGUAAUCAAAUUGAACUCUCCGACAGCACGCAACGAAUAAGUGACGGACUUAACAUUAAUAUUAUAUUGUUAAUUAAAUGGUACAUUAAAUUGUUAAAUUGUAGGUUCCUAUAUAUUUGUAAAUAAUUGUUUUAAUGUUAUGUACAAUUAUUAUGUUACGCGGAAUAUGAAAUUUUACGCGUUACUCGUUGAUGUUUGGAAGUUAUAUAGCUUUGUGAUUGUUUUGCUUUCUGUGAUAGAUAAGUUGCUUAUAGUUAUUGUAAUAUAUAGAAAAAUUAAUACUAAGAUCUCUGUAUUCGCAAGUUGGUAUCCAAACGGCCUAUUCGUAAACAUCUAGAUGUAAAUUCUCGUAAAACUAGUUUUAAAUUAUUAUGUUUCUUGAAUAAACUUAUGAGCCCAAUUUCAAAUUGGAUUGUCCUACUUAUUCUUAGUAUUUAUUUUGAAAAAAAAAAAUUGUAUUGAUGUUGAUUCUUUGUAUUAUGCUUUUAAUUUUGGUUACAAUCCAACUUUGAAAUUUCGAGUUUAUGAAGAAACAAAUAUAAAUGUGUCUUAGAUUACAUUAUUUAUUAUCUUUAAAAUAUUUAUUGUACAGUUAGUGAACGUAGUAUCAAAAUAGGUAAUAGAUUAUGCUUAAAUUAAUGUAUAAACAUAACAAAUGUAUAUCAUAUUGUAUGUUGAAUGAUUGGAGAUGAAAUAAAAGUUGAUUAUUUUGCAA